CUGCCUGAGUGGGUGCGCCGGCGGCUUCCGGUGUGGGUGACUAGCGGUACCGAAUUAGGGGGACAUCAAGGGACGCUCAGGCAGGGACCAUGGCGGACGGCGGCUCGGAGCGGGCAGAUGGGCGCAUCGUCAAGAUGGAGGUGGACUACAGCGCCACGGUGGAUCAGCGACUGCCGGAGUGCGAGAAGCUGGCCAAGGAAGGAAGACUUCAAGAAGUCAUUGAAACCCUUCUGUCUUUGGAAAAACAGACCCGAACUGCUUCUGAUAUGGUGUCUACAUCCCGUAUCUUAGUUGCAGUAGUGAAGAUGUGCUAUGAGGCUAAAGAAUGGGAUUUACUUAAUGAAAAUAUUAUGCUUUUGUCAAAAAGACGGAGUCAGUUAAAACAAGCUGUUGCAAAAAUGGUUCAACAGUGCUGUACUUAUGUUGAGGAAAUCACAGACCUUCCAAUCAAACUUCGAUUAAUUGAUACUCUACGAAUGGUUACAGAAGGAAAGAUUUAUGUUGAAAUUGAGCGUGCUCGGCUGACUAAAACAUUAGCAACUAUAAAAGAGCAAAACGGUGACGUCAAAGAGGCAGCCUCCAUUUUACAAGAGUUACAGGUGGAAACGUAUGGGUCAAUGGAAAAGAAAGAGCGAGUGGAGUUUAUUUUGGAGCAAAUGCGGCUCUGCCUAGCUGUGAAGGAUUACAUUCGUACACAAAUCAUCAGCAAGAAAAUUAACACCAAAUUUUUCCAGGAGGAAAAUACAGAGAAAUUAAAGUUGAAAUACUAUAACUUAAUGAUUCAGCUGGAUCAACAUGAAGGAUCUUAUUUGUCUAUUUGUAAGCACUACAGAGCAAUCUAUGAUACUCCCUGUAUACAGGCAGAAAGUGAAAAGUGGCAACAGGCCCUGAAAAGUGUUGUCCUUUAUGUUAUCUUGGCUCCUUUUGACAAUGAACAGUCAGAUUUGGUUCACCGAAUAAGUAGUGACAAGAAGUUAGAAGAAAUUCCUAAAUACAAGGAUCUUUUAAAGCUUUUUACCACAAUGGAGUUGAUGCGUUGGUCCGCACUUGCUGAGGACUAUGGGAUGGAGUUAAGGACAGGCGCUCUGGAGGGCCCUGCGACCGAUGUUUUUGGUUAUACAGAGGAGGGCGAAAAAAGGUGGAAAGACUUGAAAAACAGAGUUGUUGAACAUAAUAUUAGAAUAAUGGCCAAGUAUUACACGAGGAUAACAAUGAAGAGGAUGGCACAACUUCUGGAUCUAUCUGUUGAUGAGUCAGAGGCUUUUCUCUCGAAUCUAGUAGUUAACAAGACCAUCUUUGCUAAAGUAGACAGGUUGGCAGGAAUUAUCAACUUCCAGAGACCCAAGGAUCCAAAUAAUUUAUUAAAUGACUGGUCUCAGAAACUGAACUCAUUGAUGUCUCUAGUUAACAAAACCACACACCUCAUAGCCAAAGAGGAGAUGAUACAUAAUCUACAAUAAGCGUCUCCAUGCCCUUAAUGCUUUUAGAAAAGAGUUAAAAUUGGAAGUCAUUAAAAAAGAAAAAGACUUUUAUGGUGUAUAUGUUGGGUUUUUUGUUUUUUGUUUUUUUUUUUCUAUUCUCAGCUCUUUUGUCUAAAAUUUAAAAGCUAGUGAAUAUGUUUGAGGCCCCUUUUGAUCUUCAGUUCUCGAUUUCAUUGUUAACUUUGCAUGUGCAGUUGGUGCAAAAAUAUCUAAUACAUUUCUAUUGUCUGAGUACUCAAAAAAUUGUCAUAACUUACCUAAAUACGUUAUUCUAUCAUUUGAAUACUUUUUAGCUACUAUUUGUUUUCAUUCAGCUAACAACCAUAAUUAUAAUAAUAAAAGCAGUAUAUGCAUGUUUACCUUCCAUGGUUACCUGUGUUUCUAAACAUUUUGUGGGGUAGUGAUUUAAGUGUUUUUUAAAUAAAAUUAAUUUUGUUGUAAAGCUAUUGAUUAUUUAGUAGAAUUUUAAAAGCAGCAUAGAACCUAUAAGAACAUUUGGGAUAAAGUUGUGACUUGUGAAGAAUUUGUAUUUUAGUAUUGUGGCAGAAAGUCUCUAGAUUGAGUGUGUACAGAGCUAUCUGGUAGGCUAUAGACUUUUUUUUUUUUUUUUGAGUCAAGCUAGUUUCAAUCACAGCUUAUUUUUACCCCCUUUCCCUGACUUGACCAGUUGUUGAACUAAUUGUGUUGACAGAGGUUAAUACACAUGGUCAUUUUUAUAACUCCUUUGUGGCUUUAACGUCCAUGUGUAAUUACAUCAUUAAUGCUCCAAAUUCAUUCUCUCCUAUAGGAACUUUAGUUCCAUUAUAUGCAUGCUAGAUGACAACCUAAAAUGCAUUAAAAAUGACCAAAAAAAGAGACUUCAGACCACCCUCUUGGCAAAUGGUAUAGUGUUGACACUUUUUUUAAACAGAAUUAAACAAAAGUAGUUUUACUGUUAAAAGAAACAUCUGAAAUCACUAUGAGCAAAUUUUAGAAGUUUUAAAAUUUGAUUUCAGAGAAAAUGGAAAAAGGAAACAAUGUUAGGUUAUUUAAAAUAUGUUUAAAUGAAGAAAGUAUAAGUUUUUUUUGUUU